AUGCUAAAACACUAUAGCAAGUACCAUGACAGUGAGAAGUUCCAUCAACACAUUUUUAAGGGAAUCCCUGGUCAGGUGCGCGGGAAGGUGUGGAGGCUACUCCUGGGUGUGGAUGCAAAGAAAGCCCAGAAGCCAGGCAAAUUUGAGGAGCUUAAAGAGCAAGCCAAGCUGUGCUCCAAUCAAUUUCAUCAAAUUGAUUCUGCGGUGUGUUGGACAUUUAGAAACCACCUCAUGUUCCAAAAACGAUAUGGACUAAAGCAGCGAGGUUUGUUCGAAGUCUUGAUGGCCUAUGCCAUGUAUAAGCCGGAGGUGGGCUAUGGCCAGGGCCUGAGCCACAUAGCGGCCCUGCUGCUCAUGUGGCUAGGUGAGGAGGAUGCAUUUUGGGCUCUGGUCCAGCUCAUGGAGAAGGAAAAAUACUCAAUGGAUGGUCUCUACAAACCUGGAUUGCCACAGCUGGAAAAGCUCCAGGAACAUCUGGGUGAUACUGUGCAGUGCACAAUGCCCACUCUCUCAAAACACCUGGAGGAGCAGGGAGUGAGCCUCAAGACCUGCACCACACACUGGUUCACCCAGUGUUUCCUGGAUGCUAACGCCUACUGA